GUAUCUGACUACAGAAAUAUCCAGAUAUACUAACAAGGAAAAAGAAAAAAAAUUAUAAAGAGUUUAAGGGACGUUCCUCUGCAACAGCAGCCAUGGUUCUGGAGGAGAAUGACUGUGACUCUGUCUUCAACCCCCAAAUCACUGAGGAGCAUGUAGAGACUCAGUAUGGGAAUGUCCAUUGUAUCAUGACCGGGACAGUAAAGGGAAAUCACCCUGCCAUCCUGACCUUUCAUGAUGUUGGACUGAACCACAAGUCCUGUUUUGAGACUCUGUUCAACCAUCAGGACAUGUACGAAAUCAUCAGACAUUUUCCUGUUUGUCACGUUGAAGCCCCAGGACAGCAUGAGGCAGCCAAAACUCUGCCUGCUGGUAACACCUACCCUACCAUGGACCAACUGUCUGAAGCACUGCCGUCUGUCCUCAAACACUUUGGGUUGCGUAGUGUAAUUGGUUUGGGAGUGGGAGCGGGAGCAUACAUCCUGGCUAGAUUUGCUCUGAAUCACCCUGAUUUGGUGGAUGGAUUGGUUCUGAUCAAUAUCAACCCCAGUGCUGAAGGCUUAAUGGAUACUUUUGCAACCAAGCUCACUGGAUGGACCCAGACUCUACCAGACACUAUCAUCGCACACUUGUUUGGAAAGGAAGAAAUCCUGACCAAUCACGACCUCAUCGCCACAUACCGCCACCGCAUCACAACAACAAUGAACCAGGCCAAUGUCAAUCAGUUCUUCCGCUCCUACAACCACCGCAACGCUCUUGAGGUGGAAAGACCCGUUCCUGGAGGAAACAUCAACGUCAGGACUCUCAAGUGCUCCACUCUGCUCAUUGUAGGAGAUAAUUCUCCAGCUGUGGAUGCUGUGGUGGACUGCAACUCUAAGCUCAACCCCACCAAAACCACACUGCUUAAGAUGUCGGACUGCGGAGGGCUUCCUCAAGUGGAUCAGCCAGCCAAAGUGAUUGAAGCCUUCAAAUAUUUCAUCCAGGGCAUGGGAUAUUUGUCCAGUGCUAGCAUGACCAGACUUCGCUCCCGGACAACGUCCAGUUCAAGUCUUAUGUCCUUGGAUGGCCCGCGAAGCCGAGCACAUACCAACGAGCUGCAACGUAGCCAAAUAAGUUCACACAGCGACGACGACAAGCGUGUACGCUCUCACACCGAUGUUUCCAUGGAUAGUAUUUCCAGUGUGAACCAGAGUGUCUCAAAGGCCACCGAAGUGGCAUGCUAGAGCACAGGCACUUCUAAGCCUCGUGCACUUAAUGCAAAUUUUACCUCAUCAUAACUACCCAGGUGUAUCUCACAGUCUUCUUAACUUUCCCAUCUCUGGCCAUCAUCUUCCAAUUAUGCCCUUUCAUCUGCACUAUCUCUGCCUGAAAGGCCACAGGAUAUGCUUCCAUGUGACUUUCUCCAUCCCCUCCAUUCUCUCUCAAAUUUCCACUCUGUGUGUUCUUAAACCUUCACUACUCUACUCUCUUCCUAGUGACUCAUACUUCAUUUUCAUUUCCUAAGCCUCUUUCUCUGUACACUGCACUGAACUAUUAUUACAUGUCUCUGUCUCUUUGUCCUUCAAUUUCUCUUUCUUUACCUUCAUGCAUUUCACUCUGUCUCUAUUCGUGUCUCUGUUCAUGAGUGUUCCCUCUGACACUGACCUUUUACCACAAUUUCUGCUGCAGGCAUCCCUAGUUUGGAUAAGAGUUCCUUAUUUACUGAUAUUUAUUAUCAAAUACAGUGCAUGAGAGGUUCAUACAAUCUGAAUGUAUUCACUAAAACUUGAAGUGUAUUCACUAUAGAGAUAAUAAAGAUGUAGAAAUAUGGAUUAGCUGGUGCAAUAGUUGCAUGUUUAUUACCAGGAAUGUAUGUUGAUUAUAUGCAGCUAUGACAGCAGUGUAUUAUUAACUAUUGGAAAAUACCAUGAAUAUUCAGUGUAGUUCACAAAAUGCUAACGCUUUAGUAAGAAGUUUUACAUUAAGUUCAAACAUUAAAGCACUUUAUAUUUGUUUAGCACUUUAUAUUUAUAAUAUUAAAGCACAAUUGAAACAUU